UUUUCAAUGUCAAGUGACAUUGAUUUUCAAUUUUUGUCAUCGGUUCUCAAACUUGGUGUUCACAAAGAAAAUCGAUGUCAAAUGACAUCCAAAAUCGAUUUUCAAUUUGCAAUCAAUGACACUGAAAUUGACAUUGAUAUUGGGCAUUGUCAAAUUGAAAAUUGAUGACAAUCACCAUGGUAAGAAAACAAUAUGGCCGACAUUGAAAGACGUCUUCGUCGCGCUCGAUACUUAAAUGAAUUGUUUCCAAUGGAUAGGAGAGUUUUCCGUGAUCGAACGAACCCAUUGGAAACUUUGUCCCCGAUGGAAAUCGUGAACGGUACCGGUUUUUCCCGGAAACUAUUCUGUUUCUUGUCAACAUGCUGAAUUUGGAGAGGGCUACUGAACGUUCUUGUCCUCUUCCGCCGCUCAUUUCAACUUUAGCGGCAUUGCAUUUCCUUGCAACUGGCCCACACCACAUUGUGACGGCAGGGCUUCAUGGAAUCUCAAGGUCCAGUGUAUCUAGAGCGGUCAAGCAAUUUACGGACAGCGUGUGUCUACAUCUAAAUGACUUCGUUUUCUUCCCAAAUAUCGAAAAUGUGCAACGGACGGUGCAAAAACAGUUCUACAACAUCGCUGGUUUCCCCCAAGUGGUUGGUGUUGUUGAUGGGACACAUAUCCGUAUUCAAGCGCCUAGCGCCAACGAAGACGAUUAUGUGAACAGAAAGGGAUUUCACUCCCUUAAUGUACAGAUGAUUUGUGAUGCCACUUUUCGGUUUGUUGACGUAGUCGCAAAGUGGCCUGGGAGCGUUCACGAUUCAAGGAUCUUUCGUGAAAGCGCCAUACGUCAGCGUUUUGAAAGAGGUGAAAUCGACGGUCUUCUGCUUGGUGACUCUGGCUAUGGAUGCAAGAGGUAUCUUAUGACACCAUAUCAAAACACCGACAGUCCUUGUAAGGAACGGUUUAACAUAUCCUUAUGUCGAACAAGAGUGGUGAUCGAGCAAGCUUUUGGCGUUCUCAAGCGUAGGUUUCCAUGUCUACAUUAUGGACUUAGAGUAAAACCUGACAGAGCAGCCAAAAUAACAGUCGCGUGUGUCAUUCUUCAUAACAUUGGAUUAGAGAGGCAAGACAUGUUUUCACGAACAUGUGAGGAUGACACGGAUCAGCCACAUGUUCUUUAUGAAGGAGAUGGGUCUGGAAACAGUUACAGAGACCACAUCGCAGAAUCUUUCUUUUAA